AUGGGAUACUUGUAUGAGGCAAUGGAUAAAGCAAAGGAAAAUAUAAAAGCAAGGUUGAAGAAUAAAAUUUCUUCAUAUAUACCAUUUACUAGUGUCAUUGAUGCUAGAUGGGAUAAACAACUCCAUAGUCCAUUGCAUGCAGCAGGUUGUUAUCUCAACCCUAGAAUCUUCUUUAGGCCUUCAUUUAAGAAGCAAAAAGAUAUUACAAAAGGUCUACUUAGUACCAUUAUAAGGCUAGUUUCUGAUCCUGAUGAGCAAGACAUUCUUAGUUCUCAAAUUGAAUCAUACAAAAAGUCUUUAGGUGACUUUGGAAUGCCUAUGGCAAUCCGCCAACGUGAAAAACUAAGUCCAGUUUCUUGGUGGGAGCAAUUUGGAAAUGACACUCCAGAAUUACAAAAGUUUGCAAUUCGAGUGCUAAGUCAAUGUUGUAGUGCAAUUGGUUGUGAAAGAGCUUGGAGCACAUUUGAGUUUGUCCAUUCCAAGAGGAGAAAUAGGCUUGAGCAUAAAUGUUUGAAGGACUUGGUGUAUAAAAUGUCACCAAUGUAUGAUGUUGAUUUUGGUAGGAACAUUAGAAGGACAAAGGAUUACUUGGAUCCUAUAAACCUUGAUAAUAUUGAUUUAAUGGAGGAUUGGGUAGUUGAGGAAUCUGAAUUUCUGUUACUAAUUGAGGAAGAUGUGAAUUGGGAUAGCAUUGAAGAACCAUUAGCAACAAUGACUUUAGAAGAUGAUAAUGAUGAUGAUGAUGAUGUUGUUGUUCUUGAUGAGGAAGAUGGUGAAAAUGAUGUUGUGUUGACAGAUGCUAAUACUCAUGUAUAUUAUGGUCCUGAUGUAAAUCCUUUUGAAGGAUGGGAGUAG